AUGCAGGCCGCGCAGGCACCGCCCAUGCCAGCUUUGCAGGUUCUACCUCAUUUCGGCGCUCGCGCCAUGGCAACCAAACGCAAAGCGGCGGCCAUUGUCGAGACUGAGCAGGCGGCCUUGCUGCCCAAACGCCGCGGACGGCCAAAGAAAGCUUCUGUUACGAUCCAGAAGCGCUCGGCAUCGAGCGAUGCAAAGCCAAGGCAGGAGGCCAAGCAGGAUAAGCCUGUUGAGCAGGCGAAGGCAAAGGUAUCGGACGCAAUCGAGAAGAAAAAGACCCAGGCCGUUGAAGUGAGGGAAGCUGCAAAGGAAAAGAUGACAGAGACGAAGCAAGAAGCAAAACAAGUGGCCCAAGAGGUCACAAAGGAAGCGAAUCAAGUGGCAGACAAGGCUCAAGGCGGGGCGAAGCAAUUUGCGGAUGCUGCGGUCGACGCACUUGGCAAAGGCCCUGCACAAGUCAAGCAAGUACUCGAGUCUGUGCAGGAUGCAGCCGGGUCCAAGUCCAAGACUGGUGGCAAUGCAAAGCAUGAGGACUAUACAUCUGGGGAAAUUCCACAGAACCAAAAGACGGGUCUGCUUGUGGCGUUUGGCGCUGUUGCUGCGUGGUUUGCCUUUGGUGGAAAGCUCCAGAAGAGCAAGAAGGGAGAAUGA